AUGGGGUUCGAAACACUGCAGGCCCCGAUGGACAUCAAGCGAUGGUCGCAAGAGUCCAGGCAGAUCGUGCGGUGUUCGCCAACCGUCGUUUUGAGGGCUACCAAGACACUCUAUACGUCCAAGCCCACAAACAGCUUCUACAGGAGCUGCAUCGUUAGUGGCACAAUUGACUUCAUCUUUGGUGAUGCAGCUGUGGUGUUCCGGAACCGCAUCAUGGUUGUGAGGAAGCCAAAUGACAACCAGCAGAACAUGAAGUGCACAAUCAAACCUGAUGACAAACUGGUCCCAGUAAAGGACAAGAUCAGGAGCUACCUUGGAAGGCCAUGGAAGGAGUUCUCAAGAACCAUUGUGAUGGAAUCAGAAAUAGGUGACUUCAUUCACCCUGAUGGAUGGACAGCUUGGAAUGGAGACUUUGCUCUCAAAACAUUGUACUAUGCUGAGUAUGGCAACACAGGACCUGGUGCCACCACCAAUAUGCGAUGUAAAUUUACGUCGCAUAUUGGUAUAUGCGACGUAAAUUUACGUCGCGUAUUGGUAUAUGCGACGUAA